UCAUGCUACUUGCAAGCAGCACAUUUGAAGCAUCCCCAGCAAGGUGCACAGAGAAUGAACGAACCCUACAGCCCCACGACACCCCGACCCAUCAGCAACACCUCACCCAGCACCAUGAAAAUGUUCGUGGCCUUCCUGGCUGUAUUUAUUUUAGCACAGACAAUUGGGACUGUACUCUUCUGUUUGUUUCUUCACAUGAAGAUGGAUAAGAUGGAAGAAGGGUUGAGCUUGAAUGAAGAUUACAUCUUCCUGAGAAAAGUACAGAAAUGUCAGACAGCAGAAGGCCAGAAGUCAACAUUAUUGGACUGUGAAAAAAUAUUGAAGGGCUUCCAGGACCUCCAGUGCAAGGAUGGGGGAGCCAGCAAAAAGGAGGCCAAGUUUGAAAUGCAGAGAGGACACGAGCAUCCCCAUUUGAUGAAGAAGACUGAGACAUCAGUGGAAUCAGAGAAGAGGCAGCCUAUUGCAGCCCACCUGGCAGGUCAGAAGAGCAAGAAGAAAGUCUCAGUGCUGGAGUGGAAGAAGACAAUGUACGGCCCCAUGGACAACAACUCCAUAUCCUACCAGGAGGGGAAAUUGAAGGUGGAGGAAGCAGGGCUCUACUACAUCUACUCCCAAGUCAGCUUCUGCACCAAGCCAGCGACUUCAGCACCCUUCACCCUCUAUAUUUAUUUGUAUCUCCCCAUGGAAGAGGACAGGCUUUUGCUGAAGGGAUUAAACACACACAGCAGCUCCAAGUCUCUCUGUGACCUGCAGUCCAUCCGGGAGGGAGGUGUCUUUGAGCUCCGGAAAGGUGACAUGGUCUUUGUCAACGUGACAGACUCAACUCAAGUGAACUACAGCCAUGGCAGCAACUACUUUGGCAUCUUCAAACUGAAGUGA